AAAAAAGAGCCUGGAAUGAGUGAAAACUCCGUGUGGAAUUCCUCAGCCCUGGAGCUGAGGAAGGUGCAGGAAAUGCUGGUGGUCUCAUACUGCACGUGGGAUUGUUUUCUUCCUCCAUCAGAUCCCUGUGAGAUCUGCAGCAGUAUGUUCUCAAACAACGAUGAAGCUGCAAUCAACAAAAAACUGCCCAAAGAGCUGCUGCUUCGAAUUUUCUCUUUCCUGGAUGUGGUCACUCUGUGUCGUUGUGCUCAAGUUUCCAGGGCAUGGAAUGUUCUGGCCCUGGAUGGCAGUAACUGGCAGCGAAUUGACCUGUUUGAUUUCCAGAGGGAUAUUGAGGGCCGAGUGGUGGAGAACAUUUCCAAGAGAUGUGGGGGAUUCCUGCGGAAGCUGAGCCUGCGGGGCUGCCUGGGAGUGGGGGACAACGCCUUAAGGACCUUUGCCCAGAACUGCAGGAACAUCGAGGUGUUGAACCUCAAUGGUUGUACCAAGAUCACGGAUGCCACCUGCACCAGCCUCAGCAAGUUCUGCUCCAAACUCAGGCACCUGGAUUUGGCUUCCUGCACCUCCAUAACCAACCUGUCCCUGAAAGCACUGAGCGAGGGAUGCCCGCUGCUGGAACAGCUCAUCAUCUCCUGGUGCGACCAAGUGACCAAGGACGGGAUCCAGGCGCUGGUGCGGGGCUGCGGGGGGCUGCGGGCCCUGUCCCUCAAGGGCUGCACCCAGCUGGAGGACGAGGCUCUCAAGUUCAUCGGUGCCCACUGUCCCGAGCUGGUGACCCUGAACCUGCAGACCUGCCUGCAAAUCACGGACGACGGGCUCAUCACCAUCUGCAGGGGCUGCCACAAGCUGCAGUCCCUGUGCGCUUCCGGCUGCUCCAACAUCACCGACGCCAUCCUCAACGCCCUGGGACAGAACUGCCCACGCCUCCGAAUAUUGGAAGUGGCGAGGUGUUCCCAGCUGACCGACGUGGGCUUCACCACCCUGGCCAGGAAUUGCCAUGAGCUUGAAAAAAUGGAUCUGGAGGAGUGUGUCCAGAUAACAGACAGCACACUAAUCCAGCUUUCCAUACACUGUCCACGGCUGCAGGUCCUGAGUUUAUCCCACUGCGAGCUGAUCACGGACGAUGGGAUCCGUCACCUGGGGAACGGCGCCUGCGCCCACGACCGCCUGGAGGUGAUCGAGCUGGACAACUGCCCCCUGAUCACUGACGCCUCCCUGGAGCACCUCAAGAGCUGCCACAGCCUGGAGAGGAUAGAACUGUACGACUGCCAGCAGAUCACACGGGCCGGAAUCAAGAGACUCAGGACCCACCUGCCCAACAUCAAAGUCCACGCCUACUUCGCCCCGGUGACCCCCCCGCCCUCGGUGGGCGGCAGCCGACAGCGCUUCUGCAGAUGCUGCAUCAUCCUAUGACACUGGAAGCUGCUCCCGGCCAGCGGGGCUGGAACCACGCCCGUGCCAUCCCGGGGGACAGCAGCGAUCCCAGUGUCAUCUGCCAGGGCCAGUGAGCGGGGCCGGGGUGCCCUGUAGCCACCCACACCCCCCCUGUGAUCCCACCCGGCCCGGCGGGAUGAGCGACUCGCCACGGGAGCUGCGCCGCGUUUCCCCGGCUGGAGCGGCCCGAUCCUGAACCAUUCCUGCUGGGAAUACCCCGGGGGGAAAAACCCCGUGGGAAGGAGGGGAGGGAUCCCAGCCUGGAGGGACUGAUGCUGCUGGUGAGGUUGGAAAAGGAGCCGAGGUCCUUGGAAGUGGGGAGAGGAGAGGAACACGCUUUAACCCCGCAGUUGUGCGGGGGAAAAAAACCCCAACAAACCUGGAAACCCCAACAAGGUCUGUGUCCCUUUGUCAGGGAGGGAAUGGAACAGCAGCUGCUGAGCCAGGGUUUCCCUGGGAUCCAGGAUUUAUCUGGGAUCCAGGAUUUACCUGGGAUCCAGGAUUUCCCAGUGGUCCAGGAUUUACCUGGGGCCCAGGAUUUAUCUGAGAUCCAGGAUUUAUCUGGGAUCCAGGAUUUAUCUGGGAUCGAGGAUUUCCCAGUGGUCCAGGAUUUAUCUGGGAUCCAGGAUUUCCCAGUGGUCCAGGAUUUACCUGGGGCCCAGGAUUUAUCUGAGAUCCAGGAUUUAUCUGGGAUCCAGGAUUUAUCUGGGAUCGAGGAUUUCCCAGUGGUCCAGGAUUUUCCUGGGGUCCAGGAUUUAUCUGAGAUCCAGGAUUUCCCAGUGGUCCAGGAUUUAUCUGGGAUCCAGGAUUUUCCUGGGAUCCAGGAUUUUCCUGGGAUCCAGGCUUUCCCAGUGGUCCAGGAUUCCCCUGUGCUUCCCUGCUCCCACCCUGGUGGUGCUCACAUGAGGAAGGCUGUUCUUUCCCAUGUGGCAUCCAGCUCAGAGGCUUCCCAGAUUCUUCCCAAAUUGUGUGAUAGACCUUGGAGUUUCUAAUGCCACAUAUUUUACCCUCCCCAAAUCCUGGUUGUUUUUUUUUUAAUUUCUUCUUCUAUUUUUCUCCCUUUAAAUUUUUUUUUCCAAAUUUCUGAUUCAGUCAUUUGAGAUUUUCCAGCCCGAAGCAAAGAAUCCAUAAGGAAUUAUUUUCCCAGGAGAAGCCUGAGCCUGUGAUGAACUGUCAGGAAGAUUUUAGGUGAGCUGCACCCCAGGCUGGGCUCUCCUGGGCUUCCUGACCUGUGUGAUCAGGGAUUGGGUAUCCAAAUUUAUCCCAAAUCCAGGUUUUAUCCCAGGCUGGGCUCUCCUGGGUUUCCUGACCUGUGUGGUCAGGGAUUGGGUAUCCAAAUUUAUCCCAAAUCCAGGUUUUAUCCCAACGACAAGGAUACAAUUCUCUAUACAGGGAACAAUAUAUACACAAACACAGAAUUCUCAGUACAGGGAGAAAGUUCUAAUCCGUGUUCCAGCCACUGUGAGCUCCCUCCUCCUGUCCUUUCCCUCCAUCCUUUCCCUGAGGAAAAGCAAAGUCGAGGUUCUUGCUUGUCCUGGUGAAGAAUUGAGGAUUCCCUGGGGGAGCAGGGCUGGGAUCCCCCCGAGCUCCCCACCCUGCACAGGUAAGUGUGGAAGGAGCCCCGGGAUGGGCUCUGGAUGUGCCAGGCCCAGGGAGGAGGGGUCUGUGGCUGCUUUUUUUGGGGUGUUUCAGGCAGAAAUGGGUGCAGGGGAGCCCGGGCUGACCGAACUGCAGGUGUGGAACUGCUGGGCAGAUCCCAAGGGUUUGAGGGGGCAGGGUCGCUCAGCCUGGGGCGGCUCCGUGUCCGUCGCUCCCGCUGUCCGUGCCCACGGACGCUUCCCCCGGGCUCCCAGGAAGCUCCUGCUGGGGAAGGAGCAGCUGCAGCAGCAGGAAUGGCUGCUCCAGGGGCUGGGAGGGAGCUUUCCCACCAGGAAUUCCAAGGAGGAUGCGCCGUUCUCCCCCGGAGCUGCACCCCCUCAUCUCCCGCAGCCCCCCCGGUCUGCGCUGACGCUCUGCUGGGAGCCACUCCAGCCUGCUGGGGUUAAAAGGAUACUGUCAAUGCCCUCCUGUAGAUGGCUUUUAAUCCCUUAUAUUUAUUCAAAUCCUCUUUAGCGCUGUGGAUUCUCCCCCUCUCCUCAGGCGCCUUCAUUUCCAGAACUUUCUCCAGGUUUCAGGGUGGCAGAAGAUGGUGGUGACGGACUGGACGGGUCACCCGGCAAUCACAGGAUUUGCACAACUCUGGGAAAAAUAAAACAAAACCAACUUUUGUUUAGUUCCUACCGUGGCAGAGGAGAGCGAAGAGCGGGAUUUGGGAGCCAGGGCGGUGUUGACUGACUGAUCCCUUUGUAACAGAGCAGAGUUUUCCAGGGAAAACUCCGGAACACAGAACCCAAAGCAAUUUAUUUUCUGUUUGCAGACCAGGGUGACAGCAUUAAGGUAGCUCAAACUUCUUGACAGUGUCCUUUUAAGUCAAUUAUCCGUCUUCAAAUGGACUCUUCCUGAUGUUUAUAUUUAUAAAUACCAAUAAACACCAUUUUCCAAGCCGUGUCUCGCUGGGGG